AUGGUUGCUUUCCUGCGACCCUUGCAAAAGAGUAAGUCCAAGUUUCAAUUUUUACUCUCAAAAGGUGUUUCUAGCUCUACAAUUGUUGACAUAGUGAGUAAGUCCCCUGCAAUACUGAGUCGAAGCCUGGAGAAUACUAUAGUCCCAAGCUAUGAUUUGGUAUUUAGAUUCUUGAAAUCUGAUGACCACACUAUUUCUUGUUUGUUUGGUAAUUGCAUUUUCUAUGGCAGAAGAGAUUACAUCGAGCGCAACAUCAGAGUUUUGCUUGAUAAUGGAGUGGGAGAAACAAACAUUGCAAGAUUGCUUCGGAACCGUUGUAGGGCGGUUUUCACCUCUGAUAUUCUUAAGGUGGUGGAGGAAGUAAAGGAUCUGGGGUUUGAUCCUUCAAAAUCACCUUUUGUUACAGCAUUGCUUGCCCUAAAAAGUAUGAGUCAAACCUCGUGGAAGGAGAAAGUUGGCGUCUAUAAGAAAUGGGGUUGGUCCGAUGAAGCCUGUCUUGAAGCAUUUAGGAGGCGCCCUCACUGUAUGUUGGCAUCCAUUGACAAAAUAAAUACUGUGAUGAACUUUUGGGUCAAUCAGUUGGGCUGGGAUUCUUUGGACCUUGUCCGAUCUCCCAAGAUUCUUGGGUUGAGUAUGGAAAAAACAAUCAUUCCAAGGGCUCUUGUUGUCCAGUAUUUAGUCGCGAAAGGCUUGAGGAAAAAGAGUGCCUGCUUUCAUAUCCCAUUUGCUGUUUCCAAAAAGGCGUUUAUGGAAAAGUAUGUGAUAUGUUAUAAGGAGGACGCACAUCAACUAUUAAAGCUGUACCAGGAAAAAAAUAGUGUUCAAGGAAAAAAUGAGGAUUGUGCAGCAUCUGGCAGUUAUCAAGUGGUUAACUCAUGA